AUGAAAUCAAGAAUUUUCCUGUUGAUUCUCGAGGCGACAGCUGUGUUUAUGUAUUCGUAUAGAAAACCCAUACCACAGACGCUAUGGAGACAAAACUGCGCGAAGAAUUCUCAGCUGCUAAACGACUGUAAUUGGUGUAAAUGCGAGAACAAUAAGUAUAGUUGUAAAGCCAGGGUUUGCAAUGAAGUCGACAUGUUCAAACAUUUUAAUGAAGCAAUUAAUGACAUCAAUGUAGGUAUGGAAGGUCACGGUGUCUGGCGUUCGGGCAACGUAGAAUGCCAGCCUGGAGUACAAUACAAAAGAGACGGAUUGCUUUGUGUAUGCGGCAAAAACGGAAAAUGGCCAAGUCUCAUAUGCAAAAAGACCUUUCUACUCCUCGAUUCAGUGGAUACAGCUUUAGAAGAGGAACCGGACGAUCAAGAGUGCGUUCCGGAAACUAUCAGAAUGUUUGGAUGCCGAAUGUGCUUCUGUGGUCCGUCCGGGAGAAUCAAUGCCACAAACUGUUAUGACGAUUUAUGCGCCAAAGACUACGGUAGGAACGGCGAUGAUUCAAAAGAUGUGAUCAAGGAAUUUUACGCGGAGUGCAUACUCGGUAAAGUAUACAGCAUUGGCCUAAAUACCUGUCAGUGUUUACGGAACAACAGACUCGUAUGUAACCAACGCAACGAAAGGAGUCUGUGCAAAAACCGAAGAUCGGGCGAGUCAUUUUAUGUUGACUGCAACCAAUGUUAUUGCGAUGAUAUUAAUCAAAUGCACUGCACAGCGAAACGGUGUUUGAGUGCUCUAAGCGAGGAAUCUCUCAAGGAGCGGUUCAGGGUGCCGACUGGAGAGUUUCCCUUCACGGAAACCCCAAUUGACGACAGCGAAUGCAUACCGGGCACGCAAUACAUUAACGACUGUAACACUUGCAAGUGUUUCAAUGACAGAAACAUGAAAGUCCACAGUUGCACUGUCAACAAAUGCUCCGAGAAUGACUUUGGCACGGACUGCGUCGAAGGCACGACUUACGAGAAGAACUGCCAUCACUGCUAUUGCACCGUCAUCGAUGGGGUUAAGCAGGAAAUUUGCGGGAUCGACGACCACUGCACCAGAUCGGAUCAGAUGAGGAAAACAGAUCAGGCUGUAUUGCACGGAUACUGUGAGCCUCUACACGUUUAUAAAAAGGAUUGUAACGUGUGCAAAUGUCAGAGCAACGGUCAGAUUAUGACUUGCACGACUAGAGUGUGCAAUAGUUUGAGUGUAGAUUUGGUACCGAUCGCACACGAAUUAGGCCGUUGUCGUACGGGCCAUACUUACCGGAUAGACUGUAAUGUGUGCUAUUGUUUAUCGAAUGGAAAUAUAUUGUGUACGAUGGCGGUUUGUAAUGGUAAAUAA